CUUUGAUGCCUCUGGGCGCCUAUUAUAUAUGAGCCAGUGAACUUUCUUCCCACAAAAAAAGGAGGCUCCAAAGCAGAGCUGAUGUUUUCCAUUUGCCAAUACCUCCCCUGUCCAACGACCACGUCUGCAGUGAGAGGGAGGGAUACAGAGAGGGGAGCAUCAGGGCCAGUGAGAGGGGUGAGAGCAAGAGGAAAGAGCUGAAAGAAACCUAGAAAAGCAAUGAGAGAAGAGACAUACACAUGAAAGAAAUAAAGCACUGAGGGACUGCACUCAAGGUUUUUGCAGAAGACGGAAACAAGGAGAGACGGCACCCCAGAUCAGGACAAGGAGACAGCUUUGCUGAGUUUACUUUUAUAAGUAACCCAACAGCAGAGCAGGGAGAGCAGACACCCAGCAUGGAGCCCCUGAGAGCAGUCUGCAUGUGUCUCUUACUGUGCUUUGUAUGCAGUAAAAACACUAAAUUCAGUCCAGAGGUUAGUACUCAGCCUUUCUUGUAUCUAUCUAUCUAUAUAUCAUCUAAUUUUAAUGCAGAGUGCCCUGCCCUGCAGUGUUUAGGAAUAUUUAAUCAGACACACAUACAUUUACUUUAUUUUUUAUUUUUAUUUCCCUUUUGUUGUUUCUUUAAUUCCCUCAAUUUCCUUACCACUACUUUUUUUUCAUGGAGAAGACAUUCUGGGCUCCCCCUAGAAUCUGAGGUCACACAUGAAUCCAGUUAAAAUUUGGACAUGAACAGUUUGGAUAGGAUUCAAUGCUCACAGAGAGACAGGGAAGGUUUUGGAGAGGGAGGGAGAGCCCAACACUGAGAAAGAGAGGGUUAUUAUACUGCUAAAACACAGGCCAGGGGGAACCAGCGAAAAUGUGGUUACACAUGGAAAUGCAGGGGUGGUGGUGGUGGGGAUAAGUAAUGUUGGGGAGACAGAACAAUGUAGACAUCAAUGUCACAGUUAUUUACUCAAGUGCGAAUUGCAUGAAUUUAAAGUUUUUGUGUGGUCAAAAUAGCCAAAUUGGAAAAAGAUGGAAUUUUCUAUUUUAUUUGACCAUAUUUCACUUUGAAUUUCUGAAUAUUGACACUUUAGAAGAUGACUCUGUUAGAACAGAUGUACACACAUUAUCAUUAUGAAGCAAUAGGAAUAUUAUAGAGACCAGACAUACAUGGAGGAGCGUCUGAUUAGAAGAAAGGAGAGGAGAAAAGAUGAAAAGCAGACAGGGCAUGCGAGGGAAGGAGAGAAAGAAAAGUACAGGGCUCCAUGUAUGAUGUAGAAGAGGCUUUUAGCCAAAUGAAUAAUUACUUGUGGGACUGCCGAAUCAAUAUAAAUAGUGAAAAGGGACAUUGCAUGAAUGAGGAGAGCCAUUGAGAGGGGAGAGAGGCCACUCGGAGGAUCUUCCUUCUAGAACAGAAACCUAUUAUUUAGUCUCUGUGCCCUGGAGAGAUGGCUAGCUAGCUGCACGAUUAGCCAUAGUUUUUGCAUUUUUUAUAUGUGGUGGAUUGUUCAGCAGAGAUAGACAACUAUUCACAAAGAUGUAGACUAGUGCUCCAAUCACAUCAGCCAAACUUAGUUUUUAGCCAAAGAACUCACAUAUAUAGAUUUUCUACACUGUCUUGAAGUAUGCUUUAUUCUCCUAGUACUAUACAUAUAAGAAUAAAAUAUGUUAUCUCCCCUCUUCUAAUAUAUUGUAAAGCGCUAUGGAAUAUGUUGACGCUAUAGAAAUACACAUAAUAAUAAUAAUAACAACAGCAGUUUUGUCAAUAUUUUCACUUAAGAAAAUGUGGUCUAAAUGUAUAUGAAGUGAGGAACCAAACUAUAACUUUGCCUAUUUAUUGUGACGUACUGUAAUAAUCCCUUUAACAUUUGAACCUCUGCAGAAUGUUCUUUGCCAUAUAUUUAGCCAUACUUUUAUAGCUAAUCGUAAUUGUUUUUGAAUCCUGCCCCCAAGCAUCCUCUUGCAGUCCCAAGUUUUGUGUAUUUCCCAGUUUAACCCAGAUGAGCUUUUAGAUAAAACCCAGACCUUUGCAUUUUAUGAAUUGCUGUUUUGGAAUAUGGUUUUUAAGACCAGUAAUCCUCAAUAAUUUCCAGUCAGCAGCAACAGUUAUUCCCUCAGGAUUUCUCCCAGUCUGUUGGACUGGCUGGUGACUGCUAACUCAGUUUCAACCUCAAUCCCUCAGUCAUUCCUCAGUGUGUAGAGACUGCAAUCCCUCAGUCAUUCCUCAGUGUGUAGAGACUGCAAUCCCUCAGUCAUUCCUCAGUGUGUAGAGACUGCAAUCCCUCAGUCAUUCCUCAGUGUGUAGAGACUGCAAUCCCUCAGUCAUUCUGCAGUGUGAAGAGACUGCAAUCGCUCAGUCACUUCGCAGUGUGUAGAGACUGCAAUCCCUCAGUCAUUCUGCAGUGUGUAGAGACUGCAAUCCCUCAGUCACUUCGCAGUGUGUAGAGACUGCAAUCCCUCAGUCACUUCGCAGUGUGUAGAGAUUACAAUCUCUCAGUCAUUCUGCAGUGUGUAGAGACUGCGAUCCCUCUGUCAUUCUGCAGUGUUUAGAGACUGCGAUCCCUCAGUCAUUCUGCAGUGUGUAGAGACUGCAAUCCCUCAGUCACUGCGCAGUAUGUAGAGACUGCAAUCCUUCAGUCACUUUAAAGUGUGUAGAGAUUACAAUCUCUCAAUCUUUCUGCAGUGUGUAGAGACUGCAAUCCCUCAGUCACUUUGCAGUGUGUAGAGACUGCAAUUCCUCAGUCAUUCCGCAGUGUGUAGAGACUGCAAUUCCUUAGUCAUUCUGCAGUGUGUAGAAACUGCAAUCUCAGUCAGCUUGCACUGUGUAGAGACUGCAGUCUCUCUGUAAUUUUGUAGUGUGUAGAGACUGCAAUAUCUCUCGCAGCCAUUCUGCUUUAUGUAGAAUUUAUAGUCCCUGAGACAGGGGUUGGCAAUGUUUGGCACUUCGGGUGUUGUGGACUACAUCUCCCCUGAUGCUUUGCAAGCAUUAUGGUUGUAACAGCUUCAUGGAUGAUAUAGUCCACAACAUCUGGAGUGUUGAAGGUUGCCUACCCCUGCCCUAAAGCAUUCUCCAGGAAGUAGGAUCUGUAAUAUCUCUGUGUCUCCUUUGUCUUAUUUCAAGAGAUAUCCUGCUUUUUAUAAAUGACCUAAGUUGCACCCUUGAAUGACAGCCGGGAGGGUUCUCUUCCUUACUCACUUUGAGAAUUUGUUCUAUUCUAUGAGAAAUUAUUGUGCCUGUGCCAUAGGAUACACAAAGAGUUAGGGGGAGGACAGCACUUUUCUCACGCUCGAUUAGCUAAUUCAUCUGAGAAUGACAGGAGCUGCAUUUUACCUAGCCAUGUUACAUUAUCACAACUACCUGACCAAGUCGUCCAGUUUGGAAUUUUAGUUAUGAAUUAAAUGAAAACUGUGCUUUUAACAUGGGUGGGGGGAGGGGGAGUUGUGAUUUAUUUGUAGAAUAUUACAUACAAUGGACAAUGCUGUGCAUUGCAUUUGAUGUCCUCAGACGCCUACAACUUACAUUUUUGCUUUUCAUAGAUCUCUCUAGUUGUUGACUCCUUCCAGCUGGAUUCUACACAAUAGGAUGGGGGAGGAGGGAGGUUAUAGCAUUUUUACUGCCUGCUACACUUAACAAAUACCUGUGGAUGAUUUACUGUAAAAGCAGGGCCUGCAGCUAGAAUAAUCUGCUACACUUGAGUUUAUACUCAUCAAUUAAGCAAUGUUUGCUAGGAAGUCUACUUUGUAAAAAGUAAAGCAAUGUUUUCUAUUGCUGGCCCCUCCUUAUUGUUUCAGACAUACUGUCUGUUUGAAGGAAUACUACUGUGAUUUUUUUUGUUACACUAAAAAUAUAUAUACAUAUAUUAAAUUACUAUAAAUAGUUUUUAGAGCAUUAUAAAUGAUACUUUUCUUGAAACUGUAAGUUACCUUGUAUAUGUCAUUUGCCUUUAAAUUUGCCUUGUGCUUAACCUGUUCAUGGCAGAUGAUUUGGCAACAAUUACAAUAAAAACACAGCUUAUAGUAUGUAGCAUUCGUGUGAGAUACAAGUAAGCACAAUCUCAGGGUUAUUCACUAAACAGGACAUUUUGGCGAGAACUGACAAAGGAAUUGUACAUUUUAGGCCAAGAUAGCCAAUCAAGAAAAAGUUUGUUGGAGAUAUCUUACAGGUUGGCUACUUUGGCCUAAAUCUUUCAUUUCCUUUGUUAGAGCUCCAUCAGUUCUCUGUUUAGUAAAUAACACUGAGUGAAUUAAUCACAGCAGGGAUUCCAAAGAACAACAUCUGAUAAAAUUAUUGUUUUUAUUCAUAUAUCAUAUGAAUCCUACAUACUGCUGGAAAUGGUUUUGUCCCACAAAACCAUGGGGGACUGGCAACCCUAGCUAUAAACAUUGUUUAAUCAGCAACAUCUCUUUCAUGUGAGUAGCUCCCCCCAAGAUCUACGGACAUCUGUUUAAAUCCUCUGUGCCACAGAAGCCAAAAAGACAUUAUUUUUUUUAAUAUGUAUGUAGAGAGAGAGAGAGAGAGAGAGAGAAAGAGCAAAGCUAAGCACAAGCAAGCCAUAUGUAUAGAAAAUAAGACGUUCAACUUUAGAAAGUGAUUUGUAGUCUUUAGUAUUCAUGCACAACACACAGGGUAUUUUAUCAGUCAAGUUUUAUGAACGUAAUAGAGUUUCUGCAGCAAUAAAUAGUAUUAGCUAACAAAAGCUGAUACACUGGAUUAAUUUUUCUGAUGUUUUGGGAAACAUUUUCAUUGUUCACAGGGAUACCUGUAGAGAUUCCAUCUCUAAAGCCAGUGUUCUACUUCCACACAUCCUAUCCUGGCAUAAUACUACAUUUUCUAUAUAAUCGCAGUAGAUGGGGUGUUUGUAGAUGCCUUCCGCUCUAUGCACAAUGCUAAUUUUUGUUGUAGUACACAGCACAUUAUCGUGAAAUUAAAGGACCACUAUAGGCACCCAGACCACUUCAGCUUAAUGAAGUGGUCUGGGUGCCAGGUCCAUCUAGGUUUAACCCUUUUUGCUGUAAACAUAGCAGUUUCAGAGAAACUACUAUGUUUACUUUAGGGUUAAUCCAGUCUCUAGUGGCUGUCUCAUUGACAGCCGCUAGAGGCGCUUCUCACUGUGAUUUUCACAGUGAGAAGAUGCCAGUGUCCAUAGGAAAGCAUUGAGAAUGCUUUCCUAUGGACUGGCUGAAUGCGCGCACGGCUCUUGCCGCACAUGCGCAUUCAGCCGAUGAUGGAGAAAAGGAGGAGGAGAGUUCCCUGCGCCGAGGGAGCCCGGCGGGAGAAAACAGGUAAGAUUUAACCCCUUCCACCCCCUAGAGCCUGGCGUUAGGGUGACCCAGUGGAUGGGGGGGACCUAGAGACCCUAUAGUGCCAGGAAAACAAGUAUGUUUUCCUGGCACUAUAGUGGUCCUUUUAGUGACUGUAAUUUUGGGGGAUUCUCUUUUUAAACCAUAGCACAGGAAGGCAUUCAUUUCAAGGAAUAACUCUAUAUACUAAGAUUAAAGGAACACUCCAUACACCUUAAAGGGGCUCUGUCAGGAACAAAAACGUGUAUUCCUGACACAAUAGUUCUAAAACCACCGUUAUCUUGGGUUAGAAAGGGGAUGUACUCACCUUUUCCUAGCGCCACGCGUCUGGCUCGCGCUCCAGAUCUGCCUCUUUCUGAGGAGUGGCCACUGGAAGUGUUCCAAGGCAGUAAUGUAAACACUGCAUUUUCUCUGAAAGGCAGUGUUUAUAUUAAAACGCAUGCCGGGACAUACUAUAUUUACCAGACCAACUACAUUACAUUUUCUGGUGACUAUAAUGUCCCUUUAAUCUCUUAAAUCCGUUGUUAUAGUUAUGUUGCAGUAAGAAGUCAAACUGUUUUUAGUACAAAUAGACAAGUUUCCUAGGUCCUGUUGGGUGUCGACCAUGAAUAAGCUGCAUCUGAUCUUCUAUAGCAGGAGAAACCAGAUUGCUCUAUAGAACAACACAGGAUUUUGCAGGACUGCACCCAUUAUUUGAGAGCACCAGCUGAGGCAGAGUGUAGGACUAUAUCAGUUAUACUUUAAAGAUACUAUGGCAAGAUGUGGUAUAGGUAGGUGCCCAUGAUAAAACAUCUUGACAUCUUAAAAUAGGAUGGCGCCAGGGCACUUUUGACACCAUAACCACUACAGUGGACUGUAGUCAUUAUGGUGGUUUGAGUAUUCUUUUAAGGAAGUCAGAGACAAGCGAUAAAGCUUUUUUUGGACAUUGGUCUCCUUUUCUUUCACACUGACCCAAUUCAAUACAAGAAUCUCUACACUUUCCAGCUUGCCAAUUCAAAAAGUUAGUAUCCGAUACCUGUGGAUGCAGCCAGUUUAAAUUUCCAUAUGUUUGUAGAUGAUGAAUGAUCAUCCACCUAUAUUUUAAUGUUCAUUGAUAUACUUGUGAGACCGCUAACUUUAUAUUAUACAAUAUAACUGCAUUCUUUGAUAUAUUCUGUUGUCUUGAAAAAAAUAUAUAUAUUAAGGAAGUGACAUUUAUUUUUUAUCAUAUGUUUCCUAUAAGAGAAUGAAGAAUUUGGUGUUUCCAUUACACACUUUACCUGGCUCCUGUGGUCUGCCUAGCCCUAAGUCAAUGUUUGCCAGCGUCUCUGAUAAGAAAUUGGUUCAGAGAUAUCAGGUUAUAGAGCAUAAUUUAUUCCCAAUGUAGGUAUCUGCUCAGAAAUUAGUUAAAUUGUAAUCUUUAAAUAUUUCUCCUGUUACAAAAAAAAUCUGUUCUAAGAAAGUAAAUUAGCACUGUAUCGCUUUUGUAUGUCUUAAUUCUGAUAAUACGUGAAUUGGGCAGUAGUGCCAACUGAAUGUGUCUUGGAUGCAAGAAGACUUUCAACUAAGUGUUUAAAUGGCAAAAAAAAAAAAAAAAACAUUUUCCCAACACUUUUUGUGGGAUACACUAAGGAUCCCACAAGAGGGACACUUGCGAAAUAUUAGAAGACAAAUGUAAAAAUAGGGUUUCACAGAAAAUGUUAAAUACUUUAUAUGAUAAGUACGUUUUAAUUAGAAGUCUGCCUGCCACCAGCUAAACGUGUCCAUGGUGAACCCUGUCGGUGGAAUUUCCACAUCAUACUUUCCAGGCCAAAUCUAACACCUCAUUCACAAGUACACCUCAUAAAACAAAUUGGUAAUAAACAAUGACAUUUGGAACAAAAUUCUUCUAUAAAUUCAAAUCAACCUGUUGGUUAUUUUCACAUUCCUCUGCAGGCAUUGUGAGGACACAUAAGGGUUUUUAAGAGUAUGUGAUGCCACCUACUAGCUGCCUCAUCAUAAAUGUGUAAAUGAUGUUUCUAGAAAUUUGACCUAUACUUUAAAUUUUGUAAGUGACUUAAACAACUGCCAAUUUGGAGGGAGGAGUAAAACUGAAGUUAGGACAGGAUUGUGUAUUCAAUUCCCCUAUCCCUCUGGUGUACAAAUAUAGGUAAAAUCCUAUGGAAAGUCCUUAUCCAUUUCUUUUAAAGAGAUUAAUUUGAACAUUGUGUGUGAACAGGUAUAUAAUGUUCAUACCAGUAAAAUGUACUUCCUGCCUUGUUUCCUCAGAUAUUAUUAUGUGUGCCCCGUGGCAUAUUUCUGGGUCAAGGGUACAAAAAGACCUAUUUAAUUUCAGAAUUCAGAUUAUGUUUAUAUCAUUGGGGCAUUUGAUUGUUAAAAAGAUUUUAAUUGAGUAUAAAUAUUUUAUUCAUUAUUAUUAAAAUAUCACGUUGCCCUGUUAAUUAAAGGACCGCUAAAGUCACCCAGACCACUACAUCUCAUUGAAGUGACCUAGCUGCAAUGGUCAUGUAUAUUUAACCCUUCAAGGUAAAACAUUGUCAUUUUGCACACAGGGCAAUGUUUACUGACAGCCACUAGAGGCGCUUUCACUGCCAAGACCAAGAGAUAAAACUCAGUCACAUGAUGCUGCAGCUCAUAGGACAGUAUUGUGCCUGGGACAUUUUGUAAUUCACAAAAUAUGUGGUUGAUACAGCCUGUAAAUGUAGGUAUAAGAAUAAUCUAUACCACUGUAUAGAUCAUGAUGUUAUACCCACCUGAAGAUGGCAAACUGAUAUGCUGGGGGAAGAGAGAUGUCACAGAGAGGCUGGAGGCACAGAGAUGCCACAGAGAGACUGGUGGCAGAAAAAUGGCACUGAUAGGGUGGUGGCAGAACAAUGACACAGAGCUGCCGGGGGCAGAGAAAUGGAACAGAGAUGCCGGGGCUGAAAGAUGGCACAGAAAGGCUGGUGGCAGAGUACCUCCUCUCUUGGGCUAUCACAGUUACAUGAAGCUGCCAAUACCUUCAAUCUUAUUUUCAUAAUGCAUGCACAGUCUCUAAUCUCUACAACACUCCAUUUCCUCUCUCAGAUCACCACAUCUUAUCAUUUGUUCUUGAGAGCCCCCUCACUGAACAUCCUCAGCCUAACCCUGCUAAACUCAGAAGGAACCUGAAUUCUAUUGACCUCAAACAACUCUCAGCUGAUGUCCGUUUUAAACUCUCAUCCAUCCCUACCUUCUCCUGUCUCUCUCUGGCUAUCUGCUCAAAUAAUGCUACCCUCUUCUCUGCUCUGGACACUGCAGGCCUGCUCCAAACAUGCACGUCAAGGAAGACGCACCUCCAACUAAGUCGACGCGCUACCUGCAGAGAUGCUCCUGUUCAGCUAAACGCUGCUGUCAGACUUUCUUAAUUAUAAAUAAAUUUUACGUUCAUGCAGAGCAGCCCUCACCCUUCCUAAACAAUCAUCUUUUCUCCUCUCAUUAGUUCAUGCUCCCACAAUAACAGGCAUCUCUUUGAUACAUUCAACUCUCUCCUUCACCCCGCUGAAGCCACCCCCAAACAUAUCUUUCAGCUGAUAGCUUUGCGUGCUACUUUUCCAACAUGAUUAAACAGUUAAGGAAAGAGUCUCCCCCCCCUUUUGCUUCUCUCUGUCUCUCAACCGCACCUGUACCGUACCUUCCCUACCCUUCAGGCCAUCUCACCAGCUACUGAACAGGAGGUGGCUGCGCUUCUCCUCUCAUCCCACCACUUGUCCACUUGAUCCUGUCCCUUCUCACCUUAUCAGAUCUCUUUUCCAUUGUCUUGUACCAUCCUAAACGCACCUCAUUAACUGCUCUCUUUCGUCUGGUGAUGUCCCUGCUCCCCUUAAACAUGCUUCUGUCGUACCCAUCCUAAAAAAGCCAUCUCAAGACCCAUCUUCCCCUUUCCACUAUCGUCCCAUAUCCCUGCUCACUUUUCCUCAAAGCUUCUAGAAAGACUUGUCUUUACUUGAUUGGCUUGCUUCCUCAAUUCCAACUCUCUCCUCAACCCUCUUCAAUCUGUCUUCCACUCCCUCCACUCUAUUGAGACUGCUCUGACUAAAGCUACAAAUGACCUUAUCACAGCUAAAUCCAAAGGCCACUACUCCAUACUAAUUCUUCAUGUCCUCCUUCUCCAAACUCUUCAAUUUGACACUGACCCUCAUGGUACUCCUAUCUCUCCCAACAUUCAUUCAGUGUCUAUACUACUAUAAUAGUAAGCAUUACCUAUAAAGUUCUAAACAACUCUAGUCCCUGUUACAUUUCGCAACUGAUUCCUAGGUAUGUCCCUUCUCAGCCUCUCUGCUCUGCCAGUGACCUUCUCCUGUCAGCUGCUCCUACACUUACGGCUAACUCGCGCUUGCAGGACUUCUCAAGGGCACUUUUUUACCUUUGGAACAGCCUACCCCAUCAGACUUUCCCCUCGUCUUCAAUCAUUUAGAAAUGCUUAUUGCCUCCCACAGUAACUUCUAUGUCUGUGAAAACACUCCACACUCACCUCCAGUUCUGCUACUUUGCCUCAUUGUUUUGUUGCUUGCCCCCCUGAUGCCCUUGCUGUUGUGUUUUUAUAUUCCACUCCUCUGACUGUAAGCUUGAUUGAGCAGGGUCCUUAUCUACCUAUUGUUCCUGUAUACUUUUGUAUUUGUCUAAUUUAUUGUUAUAUUCCCCCCUUUCAUAAUAUGGCGCUAUAUAAAUACCAAUAAUAAUAAUAAUAAUAAUGCAUUAAUAUCAUUCCCUUGCUGGACAAUCCUUCAGAACUCCUAAAACUGGUUGGGAGUUCUCCAUUAUUGGUUAGUGAUGUCCAAGUGUCAAGUGGGCUGAUCUCCCAAGUGCAUAGCACUUUAAUUGUUUCUAUUCUGUUAUCUUGUAUGUUUAUCAAUAUCUAUUCUGUGUAGUUGUGUCUAUCGCUGGUUUUAAUGGAUAGGUUAGUAAAAUUGCACUAUGGGCCACUGAAUUGUUUCUGCCCCUCUAGGCAACAAUUUGCCAACCCUCCUUUAACAGGAUCAUUGGAUUGCACAACUGCUUAUAUUUAAUUAUUCUGUUGACGUUCAGCUCUCUAGUAAUAGUAGCAGAAUUUACAAAAAAAAAGCCAAAACCCUGUAUUUCAGUUUCAGUCUGCACUGUGUUCUGUUCAGACAGGUCUGUGCAUGCACAUGGUUCAUUAUGUAGAAACAGGGUGGGGGUUUUUAGAAGGAGGACUGUAGUUAAAACAGGCUCAGGUAGACAUACCAUCCCUCUUCUUUUACUUUGAUCAGAUCUGUACAAUAGUGAUAGGGGUCUGUGCUUUAUAUGUAACUGGAUGUGCACAGUGUAAGGAAAAAAUAAUAAUACAAUUCUUACUCACAGAAAUACAGUACUAGAAUUGAAACACAUGUGUAGAUAGUUUACAGUGUAUAUAGGUAAGAGGAGGAACGUUCAAUAAGAAAGUAGCUUGUGCUGCAAUUAGCAAUGUGAUACUAAUGGUAUAUGCUUCAAGCUCAGCUAAAUUCACUACACAUAUCCUUUGUUGCAGAGGUUUCCAGCUCGAUCCAUGAGGACUGUAAAUCUUGCUUUAAGAUUCUGACUUUUAAGGCAACAAUUAGCUUUGUGCGUCUUUGAGCAGUGUGUCAUCAUGAAGAACUGUUGUGUUUGCAGUUUUUGAGGGAUUUUAUAGUGAUCGUAGUGGGACUCAACACUCUACGCAGGAGGGAUGAGAUUCAGUCAUAUUCUUGGCUGAAGGGUAUUAAGGGAGAUUAUAAAAAUAAUGCAGUUCUGACCACAGGAUGGAUUCAUUGUUGUCUAACCUUUUCAGGGGGAAGGAAAUAGAUGUACAGUUAUCUGACGUGCAGAUGUAUAGAUGAAGUAAUGAAUAUUGUUUGUAGGCCGCGCCUUAUUAAAACAAUAAAGGCAAUAUAUGAGAAUCACCCAUGUAAUCCAUUUCCGGCUAGGAAACACAUGAAAGUCUUUGUUGGCUACAAUUAGCCAGCAGGCUUUCUGCUAGCCGACAUCCUGUGUUCAGUGUCACUUAUCAGGAGAGCCCUGCUUGCACCACUUUGUGAUAAAAGAUUUGUUUACUAUGAACAUGUAGGGAAGCUAUGUAUAGUGUGUGCUAAUAUGCAAAUUAAUAAAUAGAAAUUAUUAUAAGAUAUUUUGUUGCCAGCUGUAUGUUUUUGGAGAAAAGAUGUCAGUGAAUUGUGGGCUGGUUACUGUGGUGUAAUGCAUUAUUUAUGUAUGUUAAUAUAUUUGUGUAGCUAACUCUAUGAAAGAAUUUGUCGAGCAUUAUGUAUAGACACUUUCCAACUGUCUACUAAAUCAUUCUAUAUCAACCACUCUUAAUGGUACACUCUCUCGAGGAAUGAAAUGAAAUACUGCAGGAGAGCAUUAAAGUCCUUACUUCCAUGAAUGCAUGAAAGGGUCCACGUUUGAUUUGUAUGUUAUUGAAUGUUAGUCUCUGUUUGUGUGCUUUGUAUUCUUUUAAAAGCUGUAGGUUGCGUAAGCAAUCAUGUGAGACUGAUUAAAUCACAGACGUCCUCUAGUUAUCAUCCCCCUUCCUUUAUUGUCUUUUUCAGUUUCUCUCAUGUGUUUUUCCUGUAAUGUAAAACCUUUUUCCCUGUAGACCUCUCCUCCACUUACACACACUUUGAAGUUGUGCCCAUUAUUUGCAAUCCCUAGGGAGACAAAAACAUCACUCUGUGACCACCCCCCACACAAAUACUCAUUCCAUCAUGGAAACAUGGUAUUUUACGGUUAACCCAUUCCCUACCUGAGAUAGUCGGCAUAUUAAUAUACAUUGGACUGGCAUUAUGUGAUUUUUUAAUUUUUUUUGGCUGUUUGCUCUCCAAGUAAAACAAAUGGAGGUUAUUUAGUUACUCCAGUGGCCAUUGGAGGGAAUGCCUGUCUGCCAACGUCAAGGCAGACCCCCUGGAUGACCCACCUAAGGAGGUCUGUCUUUACGUUUGCAGGUGGGCAUUCCCUCCAAUGGCCAUUGGAGUAACUAAAUGACCUCCAUAUGUUUAAAUAUACAUAGGGAUUUAGGAGAGAACGCAGGGAACUUUGGUUUUUACUGUAUGUAUUGGGGCUGAUGUGUACUGUGGUCGUUGCUGCCGCCCAGGAGUGAUGGGAGUGAGCGCAGGACUUGUUUUUUUUUUUUACUAAUUUGAAUAUGUUGAUAUUUUCCUAGCUGAAUCUUUGUUGCUUUUUACAGUUUAGGAAAUGGUUAAAUGGUUUUAGGGAAUGGUUAAAAGCUCUCUCUGAAAUAUGGUGAAUGGAUCAAUCAAAUUGUCUCCAGUAGGAGCCACAUGCAUUUGCUUUGUGCUGAAACUGGGGGGAGGAGGGGUCAGAAAACAUGGGGCGUAGACCUAAAACGGACAUGUCAUCCACAUAUAUGAAUGAAUGACAAGAUCUGCUAAAGUAGGUAUACACAUUUAAUUUUAAGGAAUAUUAAUUCUACCACUUUCAGAAUGACUGCUGCACUCUAUCUAAAGUGAUGUGUUUAGCCUGCAGUUUUUUUGUGUCUUUAAUACACCUAAGAUACUUAGUCUUAUUUUAUGUUGUACUUUUCUUUUGUGAAGAUGUGUUAUCACUAGACUUUUAAAUAGUGCCUGUGUAGUUGCUGCUGUCUUGCAAAUGAAAUUAAAUGAAACUUCAGUAAUCCUAACUUUAGUUCUUCCUGUUAAACAGUUAGACAUUUAUUUAUUUUACUAUAUCUGCUAAGGUAGGUAUUCUUUCUUACAGGACCCUGACAUGUUGGUUUUUAUACUGCCCCAUAUGAUUCAACAUUGCUGAAAUUAAACAACUUUAUUGGAUUGGAAAAUGUCACUCCAUAUGCUGUGUUUUAAAAUACACAGAAAUAAGUAUUUCUUCAAAAAAUUUGCUUACCUUUCAAAUGUUAUUGUCUACUGGUUCUUUUGAAAUCAUAUAAAACAUUAGCACGUGCUUACAUUGUGUAAUAGAGAUUGUGACACAUUAGUAUCUCUAAUCUUUCAUCAUGUUUCUUCUUUAGCAUUUCCCAGUUUUAGGGAUCAAGGUAGUUUCAUUAUUAUUAUUUAUAUAGCGCCAGCAUAUUCUAUAGAAACUGCAGGGGCAAGAUGUGACAAAGAGGAAGAUCUAACCCUGUAAUGUAAAUAUUGCAGUUUCCUUAAAAAAAAAUGCAGUGUUUUACAUUGCAGGGUUCUAAGGACAGGACUUUAGUGGUCCUUUAAUAUGUGACGUAACAGCAUUUUAUUCUAGGAGAAAUCUGAUACAAGAAGUCAUUUUCCCCAUUCUGAUGGACCUAAGUCUUUUCUUCUUCUUUUUUUUUUUUUUUACAACAUUGCAGACUUGUACCUGCCAUUAUAUAAUUAAGUUAUUACAUAUGUAGUAUAAGCAUUGGUAUUCAGUCAUCAUUGAUGUUUUCUCCCUUUCUUCUUCCCAAUGGAUUCCCAAUCCCCUUAUUGAGCUUCCCAACCAGUGAUUUGGGUUAGCUUCUUUCCUAACUAAAGUUCAUCGAUAGGGAAAGACAAAGGAAGCAAGAGGGAGAAAACGAUGAGUCUUUUUUUCAACCAGGAUUACUAUGUUACUAAAAUCUUGCUAGUACCAUGUACUGUUUAGAAAUAUAAAAAAGGACUCAGAUUUUGCAUGUUUUGAAUUACACAAUCCUUAUAAUUGUUACAUUUAUAAAAGUGCUGCAUGUAAAAAAAAAAAAAACAAUCGACUGUAAUAAAAACAGCAUUAUGUACACUUUUGAUGUCACUUGCAGGACUCUUUGGCAUAAGCACUUCAUUAAAAUAACAUGCAGGUGUGUGCAUGUGCAGCAGCCCACAUUCUUUUCUGUCAGCCAUACAGGUGGAGUCAUAGAACAAGAUUCACUCUGUUAUAUCUUUUAGUCUGUGUAUUUGCUGGAGAUUUCAACAGUCCAGUAUAUAACUUAUUUGUAUACAAACAUUUUGUAUGUGACAUUCAAUUUCACAGGUUUUCUUCACAAGAUAUAAUGCCCAUAGACAAAUGGAUAUAUAUAGAAUUAUAAGAGCAAAUUAAAUGUUGUCAGUGUUAAACAUAAACAUUUUACAAGAAAAACAUCCAUCUACUGAUAAAAAUAAAGCCCUACAUAUCCUGGUAUUCUUCAAAACUCCUGGAAAAUAUCAGACACAGUCAUUAUGUUACAGAUAUUUUUGGAGUGUUUGCGUAUUAUGAUAUCCUUGGGUGUGAUUAUUAUGUUUCUCUCUCUCUCUCUCCAGGCCUGGCUUCAACAGUAUGGGUAUCUGCCCCCAGGAGAUCUCCGUACUCACACCAUGCGCUCCCCCCAGUCCAUGACUGAGGCGAUAGCUGCCAUGCAAAGAUUCUACGGAUUGACUGUGACAGGCAAAAUAGACAGCAAAACAGAAAGGUCUGUAAUUUUCAUAGAUACUAUCAGGGAUAUUCACUAAAGUGAGAAUUCAAAGUGAAUUUUAAACUAACAGCCAAAAUAGCUGAAAUUGAGAAAAAAAAGUCAGCUAUGCUUCUAGCUCAGCUACUUUGGCCUUAAUUUUGAAAUUUGUUUUGAAUUCUCACUUUACUAAAUAGCCAUGUGUAUGUUAAUCCUGUGGUUGUUCACAAUUAUAUACACAUGAGAGAAUAUAGCUGCCUGCAUGGUACCCAAAAGUAAUGUCAGCGUAAAGUUACAGUAUAUAGCUGAUAAUCAUAUAUACUAAAUGAAUAUCAAAUGUGCACCUUAGUUUAGAUGAUAAACCCCUAGCAUAUAAAGUGUGAGUGCAGCGCCUUAAAAUAAAUGUAGGGACUUACCCUCACAAAUGUAACAAUAAUGGAUACAUAGAAUACAAAAAGAGUAAUAAAAUAUUAUGGUGCAGUACGUAUGUGCAUAUUUAACCACACAUAUGGUGAGCAAAAAUAAACUCAAUGUAUAGAGGUUUUUCAGGGUAUAUAUAUUUGUAAUCGGGGACUAAAGCCGUAUAUAUAUAUAUAUAUAUAUAUAUAUAUAUUAAAUAUAUAUCUAAGUGUGCAUUAAGACAUUAGGAACACCUGUGUUUUGCAUGAAAUCAAAGGACAAGGUGUAUACAUGACAAAUGUGGCAAGUAUAGAAAAUAUGAUGCAGUUAUCCUAUAACAGAGGAUAUAUGGGCACGAUAAAAGAUUGAAGUGCUUCUGGGGUAUGGUGGAAAUUUGGAAGUGCAGUGUUUUGAGUCUUUUAGGAACUACAAUGAUAUUGGGCUGUUUAGGCUCAACAGAUACUUGUGUGUCUAGGCCUAUCUGGCAUGGAACAACAGGCCAGUGGCAGCCAAAUAGCCAGAGGUUAAUGCAUUAGCCUUUUUUUAACUUUGGUUGGUAACUAAGCCAAAUUGCUCAGAAAACUAUUUGGCAUAAGCCAAAGACUUUUUGAACCAUAUUCACUACAAUGAGCUGUAGCGGUUAUAGUGCUUAGAGUGAUGAUUUGACUUUGCUUGUGAACAGGAAAAGGUGUUAUUUAGUGUAUCUUACCCAGAGAGACUGGUAAUGGAUGCAAAAGAGGAUGUCUGGAGAGAAACUCAUAUUCCUGAUUAACUAUAGGGAUAUUAUAAGCACCAAAGCAACUUUGGUGCUUAGAGUAUUUUAUGAAGUAUAGAUCAUGCCCCUGCAAUUUCACUGCUCAAUUCUCUUUUUUUUGUUUCACACAGCCUGCAUGGAAAGGAUUUUAUUUUCAGACAGAUCUUACAGUACAGUGUGUUUACUUUUAUGUAGUAUAGAUCAUGCCCCUGCAAUUUCACUGCUCAAUUCUCUUUUUUUUGUUUCACACAGCCUGCAUGAAAAUGAUUUUAUUUUCAGACAGAUCUUACAGUACAGUGUGUUUACUUUAUAUGUUAUUAUUAUUUAAAGGAACACUAUAGUGUCAGGAAUAUAAACAUGUAUUCCUGACACUAGAGGCCUGAGUUGGCUGUUUAGGUUACCGACACCCCUCCAAUCGCAGUAAAAAAGUGAUUUUACUCACCUUUCUCCCGCUGGUCUCACAGUGUCUGGCUCUGUCUCCAUGGCUGAGAUCAUCAAUUUUGAUGAUCUCAGCCAAUCCAUUGCAUUCCCAUAGGAAAGCAUGGGUAGGCUAUUGCACAUGCACUGCGUCAAUCAGCAUCUCCUCAUAGAGAUGCUUUGAAUUAUUGCAUCUCUACAGGGAACAUUCCGUGUGGAGAUGCUGAACGCCAGUGCUACAUACUGUGCAGCACUGGGCUAGGAAGCGCCUCUAGUGGCUGUCUGAGUGACUGCUACUAAAUUUGUCACUAGGCCCCCAUGCAAACACUGCCUUUUUUCUGCCUUUUCACUACAUUAAGCAUUGUAGUGGUUCUGGGGACUAUAGUGUACAUUUAUGUGACAAGGCAAACAAAUAACGAGAUAUAGUAAAAUGUAAUGCGGAAAUAGCACUUGACUUUUUACAUAUAUUAUAAAGAAAAAGGAAAGAAACAAAAGUUAAGAAGGGGACCUCCCACUACAGUGGGUCAAAAAGAAGAAGGGGAUGUCUCCAUACAGAACCACCAAAAGACUCAAGUAUACGUAAUCCAAGGGUCCCAAGUUUUACGGAAAGAGAAAAGGGUACUGCAGACCAUACGUUUAUCCAUAGUUGUCAGCACUCUUAGCCAUGAACUCCCUGAUUGAAGGCAUUUCAUCCUGUAACAAUACCACAGCAGGAGACUUGCAAGCAGCUAAAAUGAUUUUGUUAAAUGGUUUUUGAGACUGGAUUAGGAAACCUUAUGGAAGGUCCCCAAUAUGGUCCUCCAGUAUGUAGCAAUCCUUUAAUCACACACAGGAGGCUGUUACAGGCUAUCAAAAGAGCAUGAGAUAAAUUCUAAAUUAAGAACACUGUGCAAUAAGGGAAGGAACACAGCCUCCCCACACAGGAAAUGUGUAUGGAGGCUGUGUGAGUCUCAGCCGGAGAAAAAAAGGGGUGACUAGGGCUGCAUAGACAAAAUUAUGUAACUUCUAAAUGGCAGAUAAUUGAGCAGUAAAAACCUGUAGGGAAAUGAUCUAUACACCAAAACUGCUUCAUUAAGCUAACGUUGUUUUGGAUGCUUAGAGAGGGUUGUUGGAGGUUAAUGUUUUCCUCUUCAGCAACAUUGUUCACCUGUUAUUGACUUCCCGACCUCAAUGGUGACAUACAAAGUAUAAUCCAGCCUAGAAAGUAACUGAGUUGUAACUAAUAAAUGUAGAUUGUCUGCUGUAUGGUAGAUCCCAUUUACUCAAAACAUUUUAAUAUACAUUAACACUUGUGUUGUAUUUUAACAUGAUUAUGGUUUUGUGUUUAUAAGUUAUCGCACCUCACUUAUAGAGCACUUUCUUAAGUGUUAGACCUGCUGUUUUAUUUCAUUUUAUAAUACGGAUAAAAAAAAAAAAAUAAUAGAAGGGGGAAAUAAUUAAAACUCCUCUGGUGCUUUCCAUUAACUUGUGAAAAUAUUUUUCAUUAAUUCUGUUUCAAUUAAUACGUUCUGUGAGAGAGAUUAUUUUAUCUAGGAAGUGAAGCACUGAGGAGCUGUUCUAGUGCAAGUGGUACAGUUUCCAUUUUUGAUUGUUUUUUAGAAUAUCAUACAUCUUGAUGAAUUUCAAAAUCUGUGGAAGUCUAGAUACAUUUAGUAAUAUAGCUAUGAAUGAUACAAAAUAGACAUGAGUUUCUUGUUGCUAAUUAUAUUAACUUCAUAGGGAAUGGCAUCUGUAUUCCACAGUUAAUUAUUGAGUUCCGGGUUUCAUUGAAACACCAGACCUGACUCUGAUGUCACAGUCUGUUCGUCACCAAUUUAUAAUUGUGUGUGCUCUGCAAUUAAUCUGUCCAUGCCCAAGUGAAGUGUGGGGGCACCGACCAGCAGAGUUAUUCACUGAAGUAAGUGACAACCGCAGGGAAUUCAAAGUGAAUUUCCAAUCGAAGGACAAACUAGGCGAACUGAAAGCAUAACUGACUGGGAAAAUGUUUCCAGUUGAGCUAUUUUGACCGUAAACUUGAAAUUUACUGUAAAUUCCCUGCAAUUCUCACUUUAAACACUGAUAAGUUUUUAAAGGAAGGCUUAUAAUAGUUGGGAACAUUAGUCAUCCUCGUCAGUGUUGUAAUCAUGAGCUGAAAUGAAGGAACUAGAUAGACAGAAUGUUGGGGUUCUAGUAGAAUGAACCGGGGGAAGUGUGGAGCUGAGUGCAUUCUUCUGCAGAGUGAAAGGGACACUAUAGUCACCAAAACAACUUUAGCUUAAUGAAGCAGUUUUGGUGUAUAGAUCAGUCUCACUGCUCAAUUCUUUGCCAUUUAGGAGUUAAAUCACUAUGUUUAUGCAGUCCUAGUCACACCUCCCUGUAUGUGACUUACACAGCCUUCCUAAAUACUUCCUGUAAAGAGUCAUCUAAUGUUUACACCUCCUUUAUUGCAAAUUCUGUUUCAUUUAGAAUUUCUUAUCUCCUACUCUGUUAAUAGCUUGAUAGACUCUGCAGAGCCUACUGUUUGCAAUUAAAGCUCAAUUUACAGAGCAACAGAACUGCUUCAUUACGUUAAAUUUGUUUUGGUGACUAUAGUGUCUCUUUAAGAUGUAGUACUGUGUCUCUAAGGUGCAUUAUAUCCCAUAGUUGAAUGUUUGACAGUAUAUAAGAGCAGAAGCUAGCACUGGAUACAUGUGUAGACUAGGUCUAUAUUUGUGCCCUAGUGCAAGAGGAAUUCUACUCAGUGAAAUUAGGAGGGAGUGAAACUGUAUUCAAGGACAGGCAACAGGGUGAAACUGUGGUUUUGUGGGAGACAGAAACUUUCAUUAUGUGGGAGGUGGUAGUGACUAGCACUGCUAGACUGGAACUGCUCUUGGAUAAGGGAGAGGAGACAGGCUGUGGCUGGAUAUUUUAAGAGAAGGAGGGGCUGCUGGUCACUGUUCAUGGACAUGCUUGUCUUCAGUAGGGCAAGUCAAACAUUAACUAAUUGAUUUUUUUUUUAUUGAUUUUUUUUCAAUGCCGAGUAGUCAGUUUAUUUACAAUGCUUCCAAUGCCAUAAUAAUACAACAAUUAUAAUGUGUAGGGAUACCUUUUAAAUCUGUAACAUUGAAUGCAUGUUAAAAAGGGUGAUUUUAGAAUGACACUGUGAUCAUUUGACGUCAUUAAAUUUGUGCAAAAACAAUUAAAAAGAUUCAGUUUUGGGAGUUAGAGUGCAGACACCUUGCACCUUUAAAACGUGUACUUCCUAACCCCAACAUCUACUAAUGCUACCCCUAUUAUAAAUCCUCCACGCCUAAAAUGUCAUUUUGUAAUUGUCGAAGUUAUAAGACAUUUAAAAUGCACCUUUUUAAUGCAUACUCUGUUAUUUGAAGAAUUUUGAAGAUAGAGAUAAAAAAACAAACAAAAAAACAAAGCAGACACUGGUCUUCAAAUGUAAUACAUGCAUGAAAGCCUAGUGUCAUGAGAUCCCUUGUUAGCCGUUUACUGAGUUUCACGGGAGUUUAGCAGUUGGAGUACAGAUUGGCUACUACAUGUCACAAAUGAACAAUUAAUGUUUUCAUGUAUAUUUACAGUGCUAUGAGGAAGCCACGUUGUGGUGUUCCUGACAAAUUCGGGUCUGAAAUCAAAGCAAACGUGAGAAGGAAGAGAUAUGCUAUCCAAGGUCUAAAGUGGCAACACAAGGAUAUUACUUUCUGGUAUGUACCAAAAAACUUGCAAACAAAAGAGGGUCUUCACAAAGUGAAUGGCCCCUCGAAGGGGCACUCUUAAACACCUUACCAACUACAGGCUUAGAGUGCCCCUUUCAUAUGAUUUAGUUUUACAUACAUUCUAAAUACGUUUUUUGCAGUAUACAGAACUACACUCCAAAAGCGGGUGAAACUGAAACAUAUGAAGCAAUCCGAAGAGCCUUUAAAGUCUGGGAGACUGCAACUCCACUGCGCUUUCGUGAGGUUCGAUAUAUUGACAUUCAAGAUGGAUAUGCCAAGCAUGCUGAUAUCAUGCUUUUCUUUGCUGAGGGGUUUCAUGGAGAUAGUACUCCCUUCGAUGGAGAAGGAGGCUUUUUGGCACAUGCAUAUUUUCCAGGUCAAGGCAUUGGUGGGGACACUCACUUUGAUGCAGCAGAACCCUGGACAACCCGGAAUGAGGAUCUUGAUGGUAAGAAUGAAAUAGGUAGCUAGCGACUGAGAGGUGUAAAACAUUAAAGAAAAACAAAUGUGGCGGAGAAGGUGAUUUCAUCAUUAUGUAACAAAGAUUUUCACUGCCUGCAGGUAAUGAUCUGUUUCUGGUGGCUGUUCAUGAACUUGGACAUGCAUUAGGCUUAGAACAUUCAAACGAUCCAUCAGCCAUCAUGGCCCCAUUCUAUCAGUGGAUGGACACUAAGAACUUUCAGUUACCAGAUGAUGACCGCAGAGGAAUCCAACAGCUGUAUGGAAAUAGUGAGUAUAUUGCACAGAAAUGUCAUUACAUAGUACAAAUGUGUACUAUGUGCAAAGUAUGUACUAAUAUUACAUUAGGGCCCACAUUUGUUCAAAUUCAGCAAAAAACGUUUAAAAUUACUUUUUAUUUUUAAAAAGUAGGGAAAAAAACAUAUGUGAAAAUAGCACUGUUUUCUGUGGUCCUCAGAAUGCUUGGUUGUAUAGGGAGAGGUAUGGUUCUUAUCUGCCGUCACACUCUAUGUUUCUCCUGUCACAUAAUAAAAAAGUACAGUUGCCAUUUGUAGGUGCCAGUACCUGACAUUACAUUUAGUUCACCCUUAGGUACUUGCUGACCCCUCAAAAUAAACUUUGUAACAGUUCUUGUGUAAGAUUAUAGAUUAAAAAGAACAGUUGGUGUAGAUUAAUUUUAAUGGUAGCAUCACAAGUUUACCUGCAAUCACUGUACAUAACAGGUAUAUCCAGGUAUUUCCUGCUUUAAUAUCCAGGUGUGUAUUACAUUUUUGUUACAUUGCACCCACUCCCCCAGUGUAAUGAACUGUGUAGCAAAGUAUCCCAGGACCCUUUACCAAGGAGAAAAUAUGGGAGAGCCUUUACAUAGGAGGUUAAGGAAUGCCUGACAUACGGCCAAAACAACUGGGAAGUACUGGUCCCAUAAAAGUGUCUGCAUGUAGUGGAUAUUAUUAGGAAUUGACAGAAUGGAACAAUUUUUAGACUGUUAUCUUUCCUAUUUUCAGGGGAUGGGGAACAUCAUCCAACACGGGCACCCCGUCCCACACGUCCACCUCAUCCUACACCCAGUCAUAUACCAGACGCUGGUCCUUAUGACCCCGAUACUCCUUACGGCCCUGAUAUCUGUAAAGGCAACUUUGAUACUAUUGCUGUAUUGAGGGGAGAGAUGUUUGUGUUCAAGGUAAGGAAACAAUUAUACUAUGUUUUAAAUACUUCAAAUAUUAUUUCACCAGACAUAGUGGGAAAAAAAAUAAUUCCCUUCUAUUUGUUUAAUCAAAGUAUUGUUCUGUUAGGGUCUGUUUUUUUUUUUUUUUUUAUACUAUAUCUUGGCAUUUUACCUUUAUAGUAAUUCUUUACCUAUAUUCAUACUAAAUAUCUCCCACCUAGUGUCAUCUCUCUAAACCUUCAAUAAUUACCUUACUAUGUUCAAUAUGUUUUACUUUUAUCCCUGCCGUAGGAGCGCUGGUUCUGGCGUGUACGUCAUAACCGUGUGAUGGAUGGGUAUCCCAUGCCUAUUGGACAAUUCUGGCGCGGGCUUCCCAACUCUAUUAACUCUGCAUAUGAACGCAAGGAUGGAAAAUUUGUCUUUUUCAAAGGUAAACUUUUUUUUACAAUUUUUUUUACAUUCUUUAUUUUUUAAUUCAGUCGAACAUAACAGUAAUGCAGUUUUUUGUGUAACACAUGAAGGUAGUGGAAAACAAUAUACCAAAGAUCGUUAUACAGUCAUGUGUUGUUAUACCCCAACAGAAGAGCCGUGGCUCUACCUGAACCCCCCCUUCCCCCCCUCCCAGUUUCAUACUUAGGGGGGUAUAGCCUGCAGGAACAGAGCAGUAGCAUGACUGGGACAGUAUGAUCUCUUUCCCCCUUUUAAGUGGUCUGACAUUGUUUUGUACUCAAUUUGCAUACAUCAGUGUCAUACUUUGUGACGGUGCUAACCCGUGUGUGAGGUUGGGACUCCCCUUUCUAGGCGUGUGUGUGCUAUAGCCUGCCCCACAUGUUGCGCGGGAUGUGGGGGGGCAGGGGGGCGCAUUGCACAAUAAUCGGUGCUUGUUUAUAGUUGUGCCUCCACCUGUUAGGACAGGCCGUGACAACCCUAUUCCAUACUGUGCUCUCCUGUUGACACUCCCCCCUCCCCCCCCACUCCAACCCAUCCCGUGGUCAUAGGCGGGUCUUGUUCUUGUUAGUCAGAUGUAAUGUGCUGUGUGAGAGUUUUGACUGUCACGGGGGCCCAGGUUAGAAAUCUAGGUGGUUGCUGUCCAAGCCCGUGCAUAACAGUAACAGUCCGUAACAGUCCGGCAGCUAACCAUCUACCGUUUGCGAUCAGUGGUGUUGUACAGGGUGAGGGGUGGAGAGAGGAACUGGUAUAAGCGAAGGGGAAGAAGGAAAGAAAAAAGGGGGGGGAGGAGUGGAGGCAGAAUCUGACUGCGUAGGAGUAAUGAGAAGUGACUGAAAAGGUGGUACGGGGGGGGAGGGGAGAGGGGAUGGCUAUGGCCAGAGGGGGGUCCAUGUCGGUGUCGCCGGGUGUUACAGUCCACUCUACUUAACCACACCCCAGACCCGGGCUCUCUGUCUGUCUGCUCCCCACAUCACCUGCCCCCCUGGCCGGUGGGCCAUAUAUUCAAAGGUAAUUUAAUAAAGGAACUUGUGUUUCCCUGAAAUAAAGCUCAGUAAUAUUAUCUGAAUUUUGAAUACCAGUGUGAUUAUUUAUCAUUAUGCCACUAUGAAACCAGGGAGAAUACUGAAAUUAGAUGAGCGAACAAUUGACUGGUUUAUGAUAAAGUAGGAACAACCAGUAGAAUGAACCUGCUUUGUAGAACUUUAAAGGAAUAAUUGACAACUACAGACAGUUAAAAACUGCAGUCCAUCAAAGGUUUCUGUAUCAAGUUCUUCGUUACGUUCGCAUCUAGUGUGUGAACUAUAUAGUUUGCUGUCUGAGUGCUCAUUAGUGUUGAUUUUUAGGAGACAAAUACUGGGUAUUUGAGGAAAACAUUCUUGAGCCUGGAUAUCCUAAGACACUGAAGGAGCUUGGCCGAGGACUACCAAGUGAUAGGAUUGAUGCUGCCCUCUACUGGAUGCCCAACGGAAAGACCUACUUUUUCAGGGGAACCAAGUAAGUGAGCAGAGCAAGGGGGACAAAUAUACAGAAUAGAGUUCUCGAUGUCAAAGCAGAUCUCUGGUUGGUUGAACAUUUGUUGCUUUGUUUUACACACUGAACAUCAUGUUCUAUCUUUCCUCCAGAUACUACCGCUUUAAUGAGGAAAUGAGGGCAGUGGAUGCGGAUUACCCUAAAUUGAUCAAAGUGUGGGAAGGAAUACCUGACUCUGUCCGAGGAGCAUUCAUGGGCAGUGAUGGUGGUAAGGAGAUAAGGGGCUAUUGCUGUGUGCAGAGGGAGGCCAAUAGUGGUAAAAUUGGUGUUUUUUUUAUCUAAUGACAGUGAAAAUGCUACCUGUGUAUUAGAUGCCUAAUAAUGUUGUUUUCUUUCCCUUUUCUUCUCUUUCACAUAACCAUUUCUGUUUUCUGCUUUCUUUUUCAUUUCCUCUGUAUCCUCUCCCCUUUACCAUCUUCUUCAUACCUCCUUCAUUCCCUGUUCUCCAUCAGCCUUCACCUAUUUUUAUAAGGGUAACAAGUACUGGAAAUUCAACAACCAACAAUUGAAGACAGAAUCUGGCUUCCCAAAAUCUGUUCUACCAGACUGGAUGGGCUGCAGUUCAGCAAGAGUACCUGAAGAGAAGGAUGAUGACAGGGAAGUUGUAAUCAUUGAAGUGGAUGAAGCAAGUGGAGGUGUAAGCACUGCAGCUGUUGUGGUUCCUGUUCUUCUAUUGCUUUGUGUCUUGAGCCUUGGACUUGCCGUCAUUCUUUUCAGGCAGUGUGGAACUCCCAAGAGGCUCCUAUAUUGGCAGCGCUCUCUGCUGGACAAAGUCUGAGACCAAAUAAAACUGGACCCUCCCCCCAUCACUGCGUCUCCAUCCAUCCCACGGCUAACUUCCUCCACACACAGACAACACGAGGAGCAGUGUGACCCGCUUGGGGAGGGAGGGGAAGAGGUUGAUGCAGUUUACAUCAUCUGGACCUCUUGUUAUUUAUGUGGCAUGCUGCGCUGUGUUUAACCCCUUCACUGCCAGGGUAAAGCCACAUCAUCCAAGAUGGUUAUUGCGCAGUCACAGGAUUUUUUAUACAAUUGGUUGUUGUUGGUCAGGAAGAGAGUUUGGAACAACGUGGGGUCAUAUACAUGUAUUAGUGCAUAGCAAAACGACAUAUUGAGGGUCAUAAAAGGAGCCAAUACCAAUUCUUAAUUUUGUGAAGUUGUCUGCCUGCACCUUCCCCCAGACUGCACUAUUCCAUUGCUCUUAUGGAACAGUAAAACAAAGGCGACGAAAUGUUAAUAUUUUGGAUGGGUCUUUCGAUAAUAAUUAGCUGGUGUCUUUUCUCAAUCAAAUAGUGCUAAUAUAAUUUUUCUUAAACUUCACCCAAUGAAUAUAUGGGUUUAAUCGCAACCAAAAUAUAAAAUGUAUAUAUCAUUUGAAAUAUCAGUUUCGAUAUGAAGGACCAUUUGAUUUUGCACUUAUUUUAAGAUAAUUUUUUAGGCAAGCCUGCCCUAACAGGAAGGAGCAAAUACAAAACAAAAAUUUCCAGCCGCUGGAGUUACAGCACACACAAUAGCAAAUAUAUCAAUUUCUAUCUAUUCCACAAAUGUUUACAUAUAUUUAUGAAUGUUAGACAAGUUCUUUCAGAGGAGAGAUAUAUUUGAGAUAGGGUUUCCGGUUUCCUAAACUCAGCACUGUUUAAUUGAGAAUAAAAAGACCCCUGAUGUCACCUAUGCAAAAUAUUUUGUUUUACUGUCCCUAUUCUUGUCUAGGGUAAGUAUUUCUGAGGAAGACACAUUUUGUCUUUCUCUGUAAACCUGCCUAAAUAGGUCUGAGGUUAUCCUCCCUCCUUCCCCAGGUUACAUGGCAUCUACAGAACUGAAGCAGCUAAUAAUACCACCACUGUUAUAAAAGGGAAUAGAGAACUGCUAUAUAACAUUUGCUUGUUAAAAUGGUUGUCACGUGAAUUGCCAAAUAUAGGAUCUCUCUACUGCAGCUUUCAGAUAUUUACAUAGCAUUUUUGGUAAAUGUUGUUGUUCUUUUAUUUUUAGUUGUUUACAUGGGUUGUAUAAGCUUACUACUACUAGGGGCCAUUUUCCAGGUGCUUAUUUUGCACUGGAUCUGCAUUGUUGUACAGUACAGUACUGACUCCACAAAGAUGACAGUGCCCGGUAGAAAGCCUUUAGAACCAGCACAAUGUCAGGGAUUAAAUCUUAUGAUUGAGGCUUGCCAGGAAGAUAUAUUAUUCAUUACCCACCUAAUGUUGGUGUGGAAAAUGUAUAUAUAUAUUUUUUAACUUAUCUGCUGUUUUUUAACUUGAUGUUACAAGUAGUGAUUACAAAAAUAGCUAUUAAUAAAUGAAACCUGGCCAUGUUAUAAAAAGUUGUUUCUCCUUGACAGCAAAUUGGGGGAAUAAUAAAUCAAUAUGAAGUAUUUCUUACAAUUAACUUUAACUUGUGUGGCAGACAAGAAACUGUGACCUUCAGUCCUCCCCGUUAAAAUGCAUUCAUACAAAAAUGAUCACUGAUGAAUGUGAAGGAGGACUGGCCAAACGGUAGCUCCCUUAAGCUGUUGUCCACAGCAUAUUUUGGGCAUUGUUGUCUGAUAGAUGCCACUGUAGGACGUAAGUAAAGGAACAGCUCUGGCCAUGGGAGGGUAAUUUUAACCCUCGGAAUAAGCGACCAUUUGUGGCAUUAUCAUAAACUGGGGCUUGUAAUCCCUAUUCCAGAAUAAACCGCCUACUUAUUUAGACUUAGUACAGUUUUAUUAGGCAUGCAGCAUAAUAUGUUUAAGGUCUAGAUUAUUUGUAGAGUAUUGUUUAUUUCAUACUGUAAUGAGCACUAAAAACAGGAUUCAAACAGUGUUUGCAUGUUGACCAAGUGACUGUGUGUGGGAUUAGGAAAUCGCAGUCCUGCAAAAUAAAUAUAGAUUAGUAAUCUAUAUGGGGACAGAUGAGGAGUUAGGUAAGUGUUUUUGCAGAGCAGGAAUCUGUAUCUGGGAAAGGGAGGUACAAGUCUAUGGUCACCCAACUCCUGAAAUGCCGCACAAGGUACCCCGUCCCCCGUUUAAUUUCUUUCUGACGCCUCCUCUCUGCUCUCCACCAUUCUAUGCAUUCUGAAGUCUCUGGAAGGGUAGCAAUAAGUUUCAACUUUAAGGAGUACCUGUAGGCCCUUAACUUGGAGUGAAUCACUGCUCUGCUGGAUGUUAUCGUGCUCGAUUAAUUUUAGUUAUUGCCCUGCAGGGCUCUGACAGAGGGAGCAUUAAUCAACGCUUUGCAAGUCUCCCGCAAAGAAGGGUUAAUCACUACUCUGUUAGGGAAGGGUUUAAUAACUGUUUUGCUCAUCGCUGCAUGGAUGUAGUUAACCACAGCUCUUUAAGUCUGGUAGAGAAUGGGUUAAGUUCUGCUCUGGCUGCCUCUUUUCAGGAAAGGGUUAAUCACAGCAUUACAGGCCUUACUAGCAGGAAAGAGGUUAAUCACUGCUUUGCAAUUUUCUGUGGCAGGGAAGGGGUUAAUCACAGCUCUGCAGGUCUCUGGCAUGGAUAAGGGUUAAGAAGGGCAGAUCACAUGGUACGUUCAGGGGUGGAGGUCACGUUUGCUUGUUUCCUGUCUUUCUCCUUCCUUUGAUUUAUAUUUUUAUUAUUAUAAUUAUUAUUAUUAUUUGAUAAUGAUGCUCCACGCAUUUGCGCACAGCACCUGCAGGUCAGGCCGCAUUGCGCCUCCCUCUUAUCCACUGCCAGAGGGAUCUGUGGGGUAACUCACAUCCGAUGAACACGUUUAAUUGGUCCCUCAAGCAAUGAGUGCCAGAGCCCUUCACCCCAACCCCAAAACCUGCAUUGGGGUUUGGAGACUGCCCUAAUCAUCGUCCCUUCAAAGUGCCUUCAUAGCAUACACAGUGAUGUGUGAAGGGCUGAAAUAUCCAAUGUUUCUUCAGUUGAGACAAUUGAAGAAAGAGUUGGUGGCCUCUUGCUGAUUUUAUUAAAGCAUAACUUGUGGGCAAAAUCUGUGUUUUUUUAUGUUUUUUACUUUUGUAAAUUUUAAGAAAAGCUAUUUGUUAUGAACAAAAAAAAACAACAACAUUUUGUAACACUAGAAAUAUAAAAAAUACCAAAAUGUGAAAUGGUGUUUUUUUCUGUGUAUUUGUGCAUUAUUAACAUUUAUUUAAAGGAUGCUGUGUAUUCUACUUUACCAUCCAGCUUGGAUUCUGAACUAGUAAGCAUUGAACAAAGUAAAUGUAUGCAAAACCGUAAACAAGGUUUCAUAUUCAAUUUUUAACACUCAUUGAAGGGCAUCUUUUUUUUGUGCAUAUUUCACGAGUUUAGAAAUGGAGGGUAGGUCUUUCAUCUUUUGUUUUCCAAGAUUUGUAUUUGACAAAGCUUCUCAUUAUUUAUAAGAAACAUAUGCGUUCUACUAAUAGCGACACUUUCACUGACUAAAUACAAAAUAAUAUAUUUGGCACCCCUGAGCCGCUAAGACAGAGCCUGACACGGCUCUGGACCAUAAUCAAGAUUUUUACAUGUGUUUGUAUAUUUUAUGACACUUGGGUGGUUGUUUGACACUGGUAUAUAUUUUAUGUUUUGAACUAUAAAUACAAAAUAAAUUAAACAUCACUGUUUAGUAGAUAUACCCCAAAUUUAAUUUUGCACAUAUUUAAUAAUGCAUUUUUUCUUUUGGGUAUAUAUAUAUAUAUAUAUAUAUAUAUAUAAACAGCUUGCAAAACCUGCAGUUCUUUCAUCUGCAGCCUUGACAAACCCCACCCAGAUUUUCUGUGGCUGCCCAAUCACAGAGUUACCAGUGCAGCUUAAUGAGAUGUCUUUGCAAGACCGAUGCUCUGGGUAAUUGCCUUCCUCUUACGUUUAGCUCCACUGGACUAACUAAACCAGGAAGUAAAAGGACCAACUGUCCUGACUGCGUGGUGGUGAGACCAGGUACAUUUAUAAAAGUGUUAAUUUCUAUUGAUAUGUGCACUUUUUAAAAACGAAAAUAAUAGUACACUCUUCACACAUAAAUCUUUUCAGUAAGCUAAAGUGCUUAGAAGUCUGGAGUGAACCUUUAACCCCUUAAGGACACAUGACAUGUGUGACGUCAUUCCCUUUUAUUCCAUAAUUUUGGUCCUUAAGGGGUUAAAGGAACACUCCAAAUACCUACGUAACCAUACUACUAAGAAAUAACUUUAUCUAAAUAACUCUCACAUUGCGUGUAAACGUUUUGUCAUCUAGUUGUGUUUACCAAUCCUGUACUGGUUUGGGAGACUGCUUUAGGUCUAGAGCUAGUGUGCCCAAAAGGUAGAUCCCUAGAUGUUUUAAAACUACAGCUUCCAUGAUGCUUUGUUAUUCUAAAGGCAUGCAAAGCAUCAUGGGAGUUGUAGCUCUACAGCAUCUGAGGCUCUACUUUUUGGGCACCCUGGUCUACAGAGAUCUCUGGCAGGGCUCUGGUUGAAUUAUGUCUGAGCAGGAAUAUAUGUUUUAAAUACUCAAAUCUUGUCUCUGUAUUCAUGCUUUUAUUUACUUUUAUUUUACCAGGUUUUUUUAUGUGUGCAUGUUUCUGGGUAAAAGGUUCUGCUGAUAUUCAGCGUCAUACAGUGUAAUUUUAAAUUGAAUGCAUAUGAGUCCCCCUAGCCAGCUGCUUUAAAUUGGGUUAAAGAAAUCACUUAUUUAACCAUGGCGGUUUUUUUAUAUGGGAUCUGAGACAAGUUAUUUGAUUCCCUUUUUUCCAGCCUCACGAAAAUGCUCUAUAUAAUAGUCAUACAGUUCUCCUUUUCAAUUGCCAGUCAACACUAGCCAACAUUCAAGACAGAAGUAGCAGAUCCAAGAGUGGUUUAAUUAAGGCAGACAGAUUACAAUAAACUGCAAUUUCAAAUUACCCUUAUGUCUUAUUUCUACUUUUUCUAACAGUUUUCAGUAACUGGUCUCUGAGAGACCAAAUCCA